AAAAAUCAAAUUUAAACACUGAAAAGCGGAACCCUGCCUAGACUACGCUCGUUUGUAGUGCGCGGUCCAACUUCCGUUCUCGCCGUCGCCGCACAGAGCGUCACAGCCACCGUCAAAUCUCGCCGCCAGUCAGAUUGACCUGAGGAUGGAAUACGUGAGCCCAGAAGGACUUCGCCUGGAUGGUCGCCGGCCCAUGGAGAUGCGACAAAUUCGUGCAGAAAUUGGUGCUGUAUCCAAAGCAGAUGGUUCUGCCAUGUUUGAGAUGGGUAAUACAAAAGUUAUUGCUGCUGUUUAUGGCCCUAGAGAGGUGCAAAAUAGGAGCCAAAUAAGCAACCAUGCUCUGGUUCGGUGUGAGUACAGCAUGGCUAAUUUUAGCACUGGAGAUCGGAUGAGGAAAUCAAAGGGUGACAGGAGAUCAACUGAAAUUUCUCUGGUUAUUCGGCAAACCAUGGAAGCAUCUAUAUUGACACAUCUAUUGCCUCGAUCUCAGAUAGAUAUAUAUGUCCAAGUUCUCCAAGCAGAUGGAGGAACUAGAUCUGCUUGUAUAAAUGCUGCAACUUUGGCCCUUGCCGAUGCUGGGAUCCCUAUGCGUGAUCUUGUAACGUCCUGUAGUGCCGGAUACCUUAACAGCACAAGUCUGCUUGAUUUGAACUAUGUAGAAGACAGUGCUGGAGGUCCUGAUGUAACCCUAGGCAUUCUGCCAAAGUUGGAUAAAGUGACACUGCUUCAGAUGGAUUCUAAACUACCAAUUGACAUUUUGGAAAAUGUUAUGCAACUGGCAAUUGAAGGCUGCAAAGCAAUAGCAAACUACAUUCGAGAAAUUUUGCUGGAAAACACAAAGCAACUGGAGUAUCGACGAGGUGUAUAGUUUUUAUAGCAGAAAUGAUGUUUCCUCUGUGCUUCCAUUUAUUGUUGAUUUAUGCUAGCGCAUGAUGCUUUGAUUAUUAUUACCUAUGGUCAUAUUUUUCCAGAUUUGUGGGUCCGUUCUUUCAGCAUUUGUGCUUUUUUUUUUUUUUCAUUAUGGAGGAGAAUUCUCUUGUAUUUACGUGAAACAAUUUUGUUUUUAGCAUACAGUGCUGAAUAAAACGGAAAUUUGUUGUAGAA